AUGGAACAGGAAGCAGCUUUAACGUCACUGGUGAAGAUUCGAGAUGUUAUUGAGUCUGGGGAACUCCACUCGUAGGUAGAUAGUUAUGAUGCCAAAGUAAAAACAGACUUCGAGGUUCUCUGCGAGGCCUUCAACGCGAACCUGGAUUUAGGAAGAAUCUUAUACGACGAGAAGGAGAAGGAUAACGCCGAUAAAUCAGGGAACGAGCAAGAUUCUAGAAAUGAGGACAGUGACUCUUCUGGGGUCGUCGAAGAGGAGCGGAGAGUGGCGAUGCCUCCGGCUAGAGUGGUCCUGGAGACGGAAAUCAAGUUCAACGAAGAAACAGCGAUUACCAUGACCAUUCUCGAGCAAAAGGAGGAGGAAGAAGAACGGAAAGGAGUUAUCACAGAUGAGACUUCAGUCGCCGAGCAGAUCCAACAUCGGAAGAAAAACCCUAGAAGAGUGCAUUUUGGGGGAGAAGUCGUGAAGCUCAGGACCCCGGACAGCGACGAAAACGAAACGCUGAUGAACGACAGGACUAGAACAAAAAUACCACUUCCCGUUGUUCCGACCACCAAGAUGCCUGUUCUUCGUGAAAGAUCCUCUUCCCAACCGUGUAGCCCUAAUCUUGCUGGAGAUAUACCUAAAUGGGUAUCCAGGUCGGUCAGCAACAGUCCCAGAAGAGAGCCUUAUAUUCACAACGCUGAUCUGAGUCCGAAAAAGGGCAUCCUAAGCAGGCCAAAUAGUCCUAUAUUUGUGGUUGAAGAGAUUAGGAAUCGAGCAGAAGUAAAACGGUCUCCUAAAAGAAAUCCCCUCGGUGAAAAGAAUGAGAAACAGGUCUGGAAAAUGAAAAUGGAGCUUGGACAGGAGAAUUUGGAUUGCCUCGGAGAAACUGCAACAAGUGGGCAGGAGGAAAAGGUGACGACACUGAAGAGCAGUAAAGGGGACGAAAAAAUGAGAACGGAUUGUUUUUUAGAGACAGAAGACGGUAGGGAUAAAGAGGAAGAAGAAAGAAGAAAAAAAGGCUAUCAGAGUGAUUUGGAGAGUGAAAGGGGCUCAGUAAAUGGAUACGAGUGUCUUAAGGUUCACGGAAAUGACUGUCACACUGGAAAUGUAAAGUCAGGGGAGGAAAACGUAGAAAGAAGUAACAAGAAGGGGACAACGACAAAGGAAGUGAAGGAAGGUGGAGCACAUUUUAUAAAUGUUGGAAAAAUGGACAGAAGUCAUAAGGAGAUAGAUAAAGAUUCCAAUUUGGGUAAAAGAGAUCGAAGUAGCAGAAAAUUGGAGGAAAGAACAAGAGGUGAAGACUUGCAGGACGAUUCCCAAAAAAUGAUUCUAUCGAAGGAAUCGAAGCAAGUAGUAACGGAAAGAAAAUUCGACGAGAAGAGGAAAUCGCGGAAACAUUCUGCAAAGACGGCGCAGAAAGUAAAUGAAGUCGAAGAAGCAAACAGUUUCCAUUUAGAGAAACAAGAAAAUAAUGUCAUUGGUGAACAAGAGGCAAGAAAGGAAGAGGAUUCGCGGAAGAACACUCUGGAAGUAAUCGAGUUAGAAGACUUGUCAAAGGAUGCCGAAAAAGAAAAUAAAUCCGAGGUGAAGAAGGAAUCUCAAAGGCGUUGUUCCAAGGACAGCUUUGAGAGCUUUCCUCGGCAGGAACGCAACUACAUCCUCAUGGAGUUGUCCAGUCCCGAAAAGAAGUCCCAGAGAAGGAAAGAACAGAAGCUUCAUCCUAGCUCGAAUGGAGAAAGUUCUUUGAGGGAACAGGAACGGGUUUUCGGUACCCCUGUAAAACGCGUUUCAUUUGUCACCGAGGCUGAACAAUUUGGAGAAAUUGUAAACCAAUUUUCCGUCGAAGAAAAUCAGAAUCAAUAUGACAAAGUUACGAAUCAAGUCUUCACGCCAAGCAGUACCAAUCAGCUGGGGGAACUUGCCGAUAAUUUGACAAGGCAAGACAAACCCUUGGAAGAGAACAAUCAAUUGGCAACUCCCGAGACUUACUUUCCUUCAUCAAACAUGUACAAUGAAACAAAAUUAAUGGUUAAGAAGGGAGAAGAAGUCGAUGAGAAGGUGGAUUUCGGAAAGUUGACAUUGGAAGGAGAGGUUGUACCAGUUGGAGCUGAAGUGAAAUGUGGAAAAACUGCUUCUAUGAGUGAGAAACCCAUGAAAAUCGUUGAUGUGCCGGAAGAAAAGAUAAUUGUGGAAAACUCACGCGUACAUUCUGGAAAAGUCGUCAUUUCAUAUGCAGACGGAAGUCUUACGUGCAGCAGCAGCGAAAGCGAAGGGAAACUGCAGGAACCUAGCUGGGAAGAACUGGGACUCGUGGAUCAGGAAGUCCUGGACGAUUUGCAUGACAAAGAAGACUGGACGGCUAGAGUGAGAAGCUUGGAAAGAAUUUCGGCAGUCCUGAGAACAUCUUCGGCACUGAUAAUUGUCGAAUCCAGACUCGGAUCUUUAUUACAUGCCGUUCUUGGAGGUGAAAGAAGUUGUCGAGUCGCUGCAGCAGGUUUGGAAGUGGCAAAGAUUGUCUUAAACGGUGUUUCCGUGGAGGCUCUUAAGCGUUCGUUGCCAGAAAUUGCCGGCGGUCUGGCACGACAAGGUGGAACGAGUGCAGCGCAAUUAGCAAGGAUCGUAAUGCUUAAAUUACGCCCUGCUCUGCUUCUGGAACAAUGGCUACAACCACACUGCAUCGGGGCAAGAAACGCUAAGACCAGAGAGAAUGCCUUGCAACUAAUGAUCUUCUCGCUGAUCACAUUUCCGAGCUCGAAAUUCAAAAUCGAAAAUAUCACACCCAAAGUUGUAUCCAUGGUUGGCGAUAAACGUAGAAGAGUGCGACAGGCAGCUCUGGAUUUGCUGGCAGUUCUUGCACAAGUGGACGAUCCCGACAAGAUCUUAAAGACUGGAAAAUGGGCGGCGAAAGGACGACAAGUUGGCGAAGAAAUGGUCGCUGCAAUCAGAGCUCGACUGAGCAGGAAAUCCCUACCUUUGGUCUCUGCCGACGGACUGGUGGUCUAUGGAUUGCAAAUCUCGCCUGCUGUACAAACUGCGACUGGUCCCGAUGUGGACUGGAUCGUUGCCGGUAGUGGUUCGGUUUCGUCAUUAACAGGACGCACUAAGGGUAACAUAAUAGCGUCAAAAAAAUUUGAGAAGGAACAAUUAACAAGAAACAAUUUCAGGAACGUCGAUAAUCCGCUACGGAAGGCAGAUUUUCUUGCAGUUGGAAUUCGGUUAUAUCCAAAAUAUGAACAAUCAUUGGCUUGGCAAAAUUUACCACCACAGAUAGACAAACAUCGGAUGCACCACGACCUGUCUUCUGGGAAUUGGGUGUCGAAAAAAACACAAGCUGAUGAGAGAGGCAAUCUCCAGGACCAUGGGGCCCUUCGAAAGAAAAGUCAGGAAACCUUCCAAGAAAAGGGCUUCGCAAAUGGCUCGGUGCACCAGGAAGGUCUAAAUCCUAGAAUGGACUCCAGAAUUCCAGUCCCGUAUUCGCGAGAUCGUAACUUCAAGGAUACGACUUCUUUAGAAAACGACAGCACGCGCAGUAGCGUCGCUGAGGUUUCUGGAAGUCGCAGUAAAACUACUCCCAGUUUCGCUUCUAAAAUAGAAGUGCGAAAUGGCCAAGACAAUGCUUACAUUAAAUUACAUUUACCUGAGAACAAUGCAGGAUACGGAAGUAUUUAUCAGCGGAAGAGAAGACUAGCGGAGGAAACUAAUUUCCUGAAUUCUGGUUCUGACAAUACGAGGGCACAGACCAUUGAAUCAAGUCAUCCAAAAUUGCACAAUUCUUCGUAUCUAACACCUGGUCUCAUUGUCAGUGAAUUGCCGGGUGAUCCUACUGGCAGAAAGCAAGAUUCCGUCGACGUGGACACACAACAUUACCGAACAAUAAGCAAAUCCUCGAGAAACUCCAACGAAGGACUUGGAAGGUAUCACCCAAGCUUUGGGGAACAUCGCCAUGAAAUAAUGAAACACACAGUUCAGCACGUUUUUCCAGUUCGAGAUACAUAUGGAAUGAUAUAUCAACGUCAAAAGCGACUUGCAGAACAAGUUUCGUCGAAGAGGAACAUUGAAGAUCGUAACCGAAAUAUGGCGGCACAAAGAAAGGAAGGAUCCCAGGAAUUUUCGGAAAGGAGUCGAUCUAUGAUGAAAACUCAAACGGGCAGUUUCGAAACUCCUAACAGUCCGAGUAGACGAGUUUUACGAUCCGCCUCACCUGCUGGGAAUUUCAAUCGCGAAAGAUUCUUCAAACGUGCUUCCAAUUACUCCCAGACACCUUCGAUAUGCGACGAGUGA